AUGACACUUGCCGAAGAAUCAUCUCCGAAAGUUGCCGUACACCUUCCCCAUAACUGUGUGCUUAAGGAGAAUAGCUCCACCACGAAAUGUCGGGUCGUUUUCGAUGCCUCCGCUAAGACCACCAGCGGCAAGUCGCUGCAUGAUAUGCUGAUGUGUGGUCCCGUUCUGCAAGACUCAAUAGUCGACAUUCUUCUCCGAUUCCGAUUCCCGUCCGUUGUAAUUAUCGGCGAUAUUAAACAAAUGUAUCGCAUGAUCCAAAUCCACAAAGCGGAUCGUGAUUUCCAGCGGAUCCUUUGGCGAUGGUCUAGCGACGACGUAGUGCAAGAAUAUCGCCUAAACACCGUCGGGACGGGACUAAACACCGUACGGGACGAAAAGUGCUUCAUAUCUGGCGACAAAAUGUGUGAGGCAGCUAUUAGAGGCGCACCGUAG